AUGUACCGCACAGCCGUUAUCGUUUCCACAGCACGUACACCGUUGGCGAAAGCUUUCCGUGGUGCGUUCAACAAUACACACGGUGCUGCCCUGCAGGGACACUGCAUCAAGCACGCGGUUGAGAGAGCCGGAGUUAAACCAGAAGAUAUUGAGGAUGUGUUCAUUGGCUGCGCAAUGCCCGAGGGAGCCACUGGUAUGAAUGUUGCCCGCAACGCCGCUCCUUGA